AUUACAUUCGUCGAUUGUGAUGUCAACGCAUGAGUUGCUCGACAUGAACGACGCGUUUGGUGGGGACAUGGACUGCUCCAAAGAGCCAAUGGACCCUGUGUUGAUGGAGGAUUCAGACAUGCUCUGUGAUACGUUGAAUCAAAUAUGCGAGCUCGAGCAGCAACAAAGCCAGCAACAGGCUCCGCCUGCAAAGGAUGCUCCUUUGGGGAGCGAUCUUGAUGUUUUCGAUUGGGCAAAGUCGGAGGGUGGCAACAGCCUGGAUAACUCCAUUCGACCAGCUGAACCAUGCAACGGCAGCACUUCGUACCUCCACCUUGCAGGCAUGUCGACCAAUGUGAGUGACACAAACAAGACCGUAGAAGACGCGUUAUACUGCGACGACGACGAUGACGACAGCAGCAGCAGCAUCUCCAAUCCGAUCAAAAUUGAAUUAACUCCAUCGCAGACUUGGCAGACCACAGACUCGAAAGACAACGGCGCAGGACUGCUCUCGGAUAUCGACUUGCCCAAUAUGCUGGACAUGUUCAACGCCAUGUAUGCCGACCAAACAGGAGCACCGCUGUCUACCAACACCGUGGACCACCACUCAACUAAGUUCCAUCCCCUGAGCAUCCACAUCCCGACGCCGAUUUCGAUUCCCCAAUAUCAACCGCUGCAACCCGCCGCAGUAACGUACCAAAACACCCGACUUCUGGCCCCAAAUAGCACCCCCAACAUCCACUUUACGUCACCCGUGUACUUUAACCAUCUGACCCCCCCACAACCUCCCCCUUCCCAUCGACGAUCUCCAGGCAAUCCCACACAUUUUCCUUCCCGCCCUGCUCCUCCAAACACUGGACUCUCUGCCAACGCCCUUUUGUCCCCAACAUAUCACGGACAAGUGAUGGCCAGUCGUUUAUGUUGUCCAAAGUCGAAGACGCCCAAAGCCCUGCCUCGAUUCACUCUAUCCCCCGACAUAGCCGAGCAAAAACUCAUGCGCAUCUUCUUUCUGCACUGCGACCCCGUCACGAAAUGCCUCAAGUUGCCCCAUCUCUUAACCAUGCUCACAAAGCACCGCAUCAAGGAAGAUGCCCCCAUGAACCUGAGCCUCCUCUUUCCGCCCAACGAAAUCACCACGACUCCAUUCCCUCAGUCGUUGUUUCGAUCGGAAAGCGACAUGCUGUCGCUGGAAGCGUUUCAAAGCGCGUUUCAAAUUUGCAAUCGAUGCACGGAACUGAAGCGAAAGCAGUACGCGGUCACUCCGUCCAGUGGAGGAGACGCGUCCGGCCCUGUGGUUGUGUCGGCGCUGUCUAGGGAUGUUAUGGAUGACGUGGCCCCCGUGCUCGUGCGCGUGGUGCCACUGACGUACGAAGGGCCAAAGAUCAAAAGUUGCGACCACUUUCAAUGGACGUGGUGCGAAGGGUUUGACAAAACCGGCAACGAAAAAUGCAACGGUACCAACCGCCACGACAAGUGCCCCAAGUACUUGGCCAACUGCACGCUGUGGAAGCACCGACUGCCGCCCAAGAACCGAAAGUCCAAGGGGCCAGAUGACAUGGACUCGCCCGCCAAGAAACUCAAGUUCUUUUCCUAACGUGUAAAUAGAACCCAAGUCAUCUUCGUGGAAUGAAAGUGCUUUGAAUUGAAAUGGAGAGGGAUUCAAUUU